UCCAUUCCUACAAUCGCGACAUCACGCUCUUGUUUGCCGAACUGACCUAGCAGCAGGCACGACUUGGGAAGCCGUGCAUCGAGGCCUCGCUUGUCGAGCUUGGCCAAUGUCUAGCAAUGCUCGGCCUUCCGCCGUAAGGCAGGAAACUGGAAAUCCAGCACUGAGCGAGGCCAAUACCAGUAUUCCGGUCACGCCAACCGUCAGCAACGAGACCUACGUGUCGCCUAGUACAGCAUCCCACAUAACACGGAAUCCCCCGCAACACCUUCUGGAGUCGAUUGGUGCUGAUGGAUAUAUCGGAAAUGGCCAUUCAGCACGACCUUCCGGAAGGACGGAGAGCGGAGCCUCCCAAGCUGCGGCAGGUGCUCGAAAUGGCGAAGAGCUUCUCCGCCGAUUGAGUCUCACAGGGCAGCCGUCGAGGCCUGCUGCAGAACUUAUAGAUCCGCGUAGCGCGCAUCCUAGCUUGAAUCUCAGCGGAAAUGUGAUCAGCGCCGCAUUUUGUGUUCCCUACAAGGUCGGCUAUACGACCACUGGCGAAUGGGACCUCAAACCUAGGAGAGGAACGUCAGCACUUUUCGAUUCUUUCGCAUAUCUGUCCUCGCCAGAGUCGCCUUGGAAGCAUACACUAGUCGGUUGGACUGGAGAGAUCGACCGUGUAUUUCGUCGCAGAAACCAGUCUGCGAGUACCAACGGCGUUACUUCCAUGGACUCCGUUCCACUCAAUAAGGCUUCUGCGCCGAUUCCGGUCAACAAAACCGAGAAGCCUGUCCAACCUGGAGACUAUUCGGAUCUGCACAUUCCACUUGCUGACCGGCGGAAACUGGAGAAGCAGCUAGAGCUAGAGUCUGGUGGACACGUUGCUCCUGUUUGGCUGUGGGAUGGUAUCGACGAGAACGAAGUAGCCACCUUCCACAAUCAGCAGCGAUGGCGGCGUUAUGGUGAGCACGAAUUGUUCACACUAUUUCACUACAAGCAAAAUGAGCCGAGCGAUGGUCGAGACCUUCGCAAGACCUGGGCCGAUUACUACUGCAUGAAUCAAGCGUUUGCAGAUGCGAUCAUUGGUGUGUACAAACCUGGCGACAUUAUCCUGAUUCACGACUAUCACCUUCUACUGCUGCCCAGCCUGUUACGACAACGACUGCCGAGUGUCUACAUUGGAUUUUUCCUUCACGUGCCCUUCCCGAGCAGCGAAUACUAUCGAUGCCUCACUCGGCGCAAGGAGAUACUUGAAGGAGUCCUGGGAGCCAACAUGAUCGGAUUUCAAGCAUACAGCUAUGCCAGACAUUUCUCCUCCUGCUGCACACGUAUCCUCGGCUUUGAUUCGUCAUCUGCUGGCGUUGAUGCAUACGGCGCGCAUGUGCCAGUGGACGUCUUCCCCAUCGGGAUCAAUGCAGAAGAAACAAGACGAGUCGCCUUCGAUUCUCCUGGCGUGACCGGGAAGAUGAAAGCCUUGCGCGAGAUUUACCAGAACAAGAAGGUCAUUGUUGGCCGAGAUCGGCUAGACACUGUGAGAGGUGUAGCACAGAAAUUGCAGGCGUUCGAGAUAUUCCUUGAACGACACCCAGAAUGGCGCGAGAAUGUCGUCCUUAUCCAGGUCACGAGCCCCACUAGCAUUGAGGAGCGCGACGACAAGGGCGACAAGACUGCGAACAAGAUUUCUGAAUUGGUGGCUAGGAUCAAUGGAGCCUUUGGCUCACUCAGCUCCACGCCAGUUCAGCACUACCCGCAAUAUCUGUCACAGGAAGAAUACUUUGCCUUGCUUCGGAUCGCUGACCUGGGACUUAUCACGAGCGUCCGUGAUGGUAUGAACACUACCGCAUUGGAAUACGUGAUGAGCCAGCGAGAGAAUCACGGCCCACUGAUCAUCUCGGAGUUUUCUGGAACAGCAGGCAGCUUGGGUGAUGCAAUACAUAUCAACCCUUGGGACCUUGGCGGCACUGCCGACGAGAUACACACGGCGCUUACGAUGACCGCGGCCGAGAAGCAGCAACAACACGAGCUUCUGUACAAGCAUGUGACAUCGAAUACAGUGCAGUACUGGACCAACAGCUUCAUUCGGCGCCUGCUCACUAAUCUGGCUUCAUAUGAUCAGUCAGUUGCCACGCCGGCGCUCGAUCGUGCCAAGUUGUUGCAGCAGUACCGCGACUCUUCGCGUCGCCUCUUCAUGUUUGACUACGAUGGCACUCUGACGCCAAUAGUGAAAGAUCCACAAUCCGCCAUUCCUUCUGACAGAGUCAUUCGGACCCUCAAGACUCUAGCUUCCGAUCCGCAGAACCAAGUCUGGAUCAUCAGCGGCCGCGACCAAGCUUUCCUUGAUGAAUGGAUGGGUCACAUCUCGGAGCUCGGUCUGUCAGCAGAGCAUGGCUCAUUCAUGCGCCAUCCCGGAUCCAGUGAAUGGGAGAACUUGACCGAAACUCUUGACAUGUCGUGGCAAGAUGAGGUGAUCCGUAUCUUCAACCACUUCUCAGAGCGAACACAAGGCAGCUUCAUCGAGCGCAAGAAGAUUGCUUUGACCUGGCACUACCGUCGAGCAGAUCCCGAGUACGGGGCUUUCCAAGCUCGUGAGUGCCAAAAAGCUCUGGAAGGAUACGUGACGAAGAAAUGGGACGUAGAAGUCAUGACCGGCAAAGCGAACCUGGAAGUCCGACCUCGAUUCGUCAACAAGGGCGAGAUUGCUCGUCGCUUGGUAAGCGAGUAUGGCGAAAAGGCACCAGAUUUCGUGCUUUGUCUUGGGGAUGACUUCACUGACGAAGACAUGUUCCGCACUCUCCGCCAGUCCAAGCUACCCGAGCAACAUCGCUUCGCCGUUACAGUCGGUGCUAAGACCAAACAGACUCUCGCGACGUGGCAUCUCCUCGAGCCUUCAGAUGUCAUAUCCUGCAUUUCCCUCCUCAAUGGUUCGACUGAUGCCGGAAAUGCCGGAGCAGUAGCAAUUGUGGAGGGCUCGGUCCCGGAUACAAGAUAG